AUGGAAGACGGUUGGGUAAUUGGAGUUCGCCGAGUUGACCAGCCGCGUCAAAUUGUUGAUCGCGUUGGUCAAGCGUGCCUUGCAACCACGGAGCGUAGACAUGACAGCUGGUAUAAGAUGAGCGGACAUGCGAUGAAAAGACGGUGUGGUUGGGACGUGGGAGCACGGACAGCACAGAGGCGGGGAAUCUGCGGCAGGAGAGAGGAACCCCUUCAACGGGCACACAAGGAUCCAGAGUGGCUAAUGCCACAACAACAAAGUGCCAACACUACAAACGAGGGGAUGAGGAUGCGGGUUCGCGGAUGCAAAGGCCAUAGGUUUGCCCACUGCUACUUAGGUCAUUGGGCGAGAGCUGCAAACUAUGCGAAGCUGCUAAUAAACGAAUCCAAGUGGUCCAGAUGCGUCUACACAUAUUUGCUGUGUAUUCUUUUCGCUGCUGACAGUACCUGCGAAACGACGAAAAGAAACGAGACUGUUGCUGCUCUCGCCAAGAAAGUAAACGGUCUUCGACAACGAAUUGCUGGAAAGUCAAUACCAGUCGAAAAGUACUGUUCCAAGAAGGCGAAUCGUUUUGUAGCCAAGAAGUCGUUGAUGUUUGCCCACUACGAAUUCAUGUACUUCUGGAGUGGAUUUGAUAUUGUAGGCGGCAAUUUACCCAUAAUGCAAGCUAUUUUGGAAGAUAUCGAGAGUAUCUGGUUGAUGAGGAAGUCAGGAGCAGAUGCAAACGAUCGCGCUCUUUAUUUUUUCCUGAGAGCCGCUUGUCUUCGCAAUCUGCGACAACCAAUUGUGGCUGAGAACUGUAUACGAGAAGUGUUGAAACUAGAAGAAGACCUCGACGACUUCGCUUACCUGCCACCGAAUGCGUUCUACGAGUUGGCUCUUCUGAGGAUCGCCGACGGUCUGCCAGAGGAAGCCGAAGCCUUGCUUGCGAAAGCCCGCAAUUAUAAAGGCUUCCCCCUUGAGAACAAACUGCAUUUCCGCAUUCAUAGUGCUAUGGAAAAUCUAGGCACGCGGACACCUAUGAUGUGA